AUGGAAGAAAUUCUAUCUCAAUUAGUUGACAAAACGAAGCAUUUGUUGGAAGAACGAAUUGAAAAGAAUUAUAGAAUCUGUCUUGUAAUUGUAGGACCUCCAGGGUCUGGUAAGUCUACAAUUGCAGAAAAGCUUUGCUUACAUCUAAACAAAAGUUUUAAUGAGUACCUCUUGAAAGAACGGGGUACAUUCAGUCUCAGGAAGGGGGGACUGUCUUGUGAUGAUCUGGUAAAGGGAGUGGAUGAGAUUGAUCCCGUAUUGCAGGGGGAACUGGAAAUUAAUGGAGGACUUUUGCCUGAUAAGGUGGAGGACACUAACUUCAAACCCGUUAAGGUGACCAACAAGUCCAAUUCCUCAUUGCUUGUUGUUGGGAGGGGUGGCUUGCCCAAUUCAAUAGAGAUCACAAUGCCCAGCUCACCAGACAUCCUGGAUAACAGGGAAAUUGAUAUUGCUCAAAUCGUUCCAAUGGAUGGAUUCCAUCUUACUAGGAGCUGUUUAGAUAAAUUCCAAUGCCCUGAGGAGGCUCAUAGCAGACGGGGCUCACCACCUACAUUUGACAGCAACAAUUUUUCAGAAUUAUGUCGGAUUUUGGCCGACAGCUCAAAGAUCGAACCUCCUUCUUCCAUGAAAAGUGGUAUAUGGGAAAAGGUGUUAGACACAUUCCUUUCAGAUGUCCCUACUAUAUCCAUACCUGGAUUUGAUCAUGCAGUGAAGGACCCUACAAGAAAUGCACUAUGUGUCGACAGAUUUACAAGAAUUUUAAUAUUAGAGGGUUUAUAUCUUCUGUAUGAAAAAGAAAAUUGGCAAAAAAUUUACGCUUAUAUGAGUGGUACUGAUGCUGUCAUAUUUUUAUAUCUAGAUGUGGAUGAGCAUAUUAUUGAAGAAAGGGUCGCCAAUAGACAUUUAGCGAGCGGUUUGGUGGCCUCUUUCGAAGAAGGUGUGGCUAAGUUUAGGGCAAAUGAUUUACUUAACGCCCACGCUGUUAGGGACAAUUUAAUUGAAUCAGAAAAUAUAAUAAAAGUGCCCACUGCAUGA